CCUUCAAAUAAUUCUAAGCCGGAAAACUAGCCUUCAAAUCUCACCACCCGAUCUCCUCGAGUUCCAUGGCCUCGUCCGGCUCCUCCGAGGCCGCGAUGCCGUCUCCGGCGAUGGCGAUCGCCGACGUUGAGGCUGCUGAGCAGCUCAUCCAUCGAUGGGACCCGGUGGCUUCCCCUUCCCACGAUCGUAUGCUCUUUGAUGGCUCUGAUCGCGCCGAUGCCGAGCUUUACCUCCGCGCUAUUGACCAUCUCCGGCAAUCCCUUGGACCUUCCUCACCUGCUCCGGCGUCUCCCUCUCGAUCCCCGUCGAAUACUAUUCAGAUCGCCAUGGCUAGACUCGAGGAUGAGUUCCGCAACCUUCUCUUGUCCCGCUCCGCGGAACCUGACCUUGAAUCGCUUGAUCUCGGCUCGCUCUCCAUCUCCUCCCUCUCGUCCGAUCAUGAUCAUGAUCACGAUCAUGACCGGAAUCUCUCCGAUGCGGAGGAUGACCCUGGUGGUGGAUCGACCAGGGUCGCGUCCCGAUCGGCGAGCAGCAUCCGUGAGAUCGAUCUGGUGCCUCCGGACGCGGUGCAGGACCUGCGGAGCAUCGCGGAGCGGAUGGUGGCGGCGGGGUACGCGAGGGAGUGCGCACAAGCUUACAGUAGCGCGCGCAAGUCCGCGGUUGAUACCGGGCUGCGGCAUCUCGGUGUGGAGAGGCUCAGCAUCGGUGACGUCCAGCGGCUCGAGUGGGAGGCCCUGGAGGCUAAGAUCCGCCGAUGGAUCCGCGCAGCCCGCGCCUGCGUUCGCGUCCUUUUCGCCAGCGAGCGCCGGCUCUGCGACCAAGUUUUUGGUACUCCCUCCUCCGCUGAUGCGCCAUUCGCCGAGACCGUCAAGGGGGCCGCCAUCCAGCUUCUGUCUUUCCCAGAGGCCAUCAGCAUCGGCCGGAGGUCCCCGGAGAAGCUAUUCAAAAUCCUCGACCUCCACGACGCUCUGUCCGACCUCCUUCCCGACAUCGCUGCCAUCUUCCGGUCAGGCCCGGCCGAGUCAAUCCACACGCAGGCGGCGGAAAUCCUUGCCCGGCUCGCCGAGGCCGCAAGGGGCACCCUUUCCGAGUUCGAGAAUGCCGUGCUUCGUGAAGCCUCGAGGAUCCCUGUCCCCGGAGGUACACUCCAUCCCCUAACUCGCUAUGUGAUGAAUUACAUCAGUCUCAUCUCCGAUUAUCAGCCAACCCUGAAUGAACUCAUUGUCACCACUCCCUCGGCGAGGUUCUCUGGGGAAGAGACCACAGAUCAUCCAGAAAUCAACUUCCCAGACCUUGAUAAUCGAACUCCUUUAGCCUCCCACUUGGUCUGGAUCAUUGUUGUUUUGCAACACAAUCUGGAAAACAAGGCUAGCCUAUACAAAGAUGCUGCUUUGUCACACCUUUUCCUGAUGAACAACUUGCAUUACAUUGUCAACAAAGUCAAGGAUUCGCCUGAGCUCAGAGGAAUGAUUGGAGAUGAGUACUUGAGGAGGCUUACUGGGAAAUACCGACAAUUGGCCACCAGUUAUCAAAGGACUGCUUGGGUGAAAAUCUUGCAUUGCUUGCGAGAUGAGGGAAUUCAUGUUAGUGGGAGUUUUUCCUCAGGGGUUUCAAAGUCCACUCUGAGGGAAAGGUUUAAGGCCUUCAAUGCAGCAUUUGAUGAGGCUUAUCGCACUCAAGCUGCAUGGUUUGUGCCAGACCCUCAGCUCAGGGAGGAACUAAGGAUCUCGAUAUCAGAGAGGUUAUUGCCUGCUUACAGGGCAUUUCUUGGCCGAUUUCGACAUCAUAUAGAAAGUGGUCGUCAUCCUGAGGUGUAUAUUAAGUAUUCUGUUGAGGAUCUUGAGAUGGCAUUGAUGGACUUCUUCGAAGGUUGUCCACCUUCUGUCCAUGGCAGGAAGAGAUCCCACUGAUGGUAUUGGCUUGUUAUGUUGUUGACUGAUCUUUGUGGUAGUGGAUAUUCUUUGUAUUCUUGGAGGGUAUUAUUCUGGCUGCCGGAUCUAACAACAAGGGAGUGAAUCCUAAGCUGCAUUGUUAGCUGAUGAAGGUUGUGAUGAUCCGAAAACAAUUUUUUGUGUUGGAUAGAGAAUUGCUUGUGAUCUGUUGAGCUGCUGUAUCCAAUGAUGUGUUGACUGAGUAAUUUCCCUCUAUAAGCAAAUUAUUUUGAUUUGUUAAAUGAUCUAGUCCUUUUUUUGUUUAGCAUGUUCAUAUGGUGCUCUUUCAUGUCAUAAUCUCUAUUGGCAUUCAUUAGUUCUAGCAUUUUCGAACUAAUGUAUGGAGUCUUGUAUCAUGAUUAUGUUUAAUUAAUGAGUAGCAGAAAGUCUUUGCUA